AACUUCUGACUCCUCCUGUCUCUCCAGUUCCUGGUUAUGCUCUAUGGUUUGAGUCAAUAACAGUCGGUUCAUACGCGGGUGUGCUCGUUUAAGCAGUUAAGCACACUGUGACGUAAAACCCUGCGGACCAAAAUUGGAAUUAAAUAAAAAUAGUAUCUUAUUCCGUGGGACUCUGAAAACAAAUCGAUGCGUGGAGAGUAAUUAGUUCAGUGUGAAGAAAUUUUAGAGCUAAAAAGUUCUGUCCAAAAUAAUUUAAUUUGACCGGAGUAAAUUCGUAGUUAUGAAUGGACUUCAAUGGGGAAAUUUGCUUUUUGGCACCAGAGGCUUACUAAACUGCAAUACCUCGAGUAACUACUAGAGUUUAUGAGCUUCAGAGAAUGGCAACCCUGGUCUCCUGUUCCGAACCAUAGAACGUAUAGUGAUACGAACGCCUGAGUUAAUGAUCCUUUGAGAUAUCGCGAGAAUAUAGGAGGAAGACAAAAAUAAAUUCUGAACAACAAUCCAGAGUGCAUGAUGGCGGCAUCGCAGCUGCGCCGGGACAAGAAAUCCACAGCUGCCCAUUUGAAGGCCGACCUCAAUCGCCAAGACAACAGUUCUGGUGUCCGUCAACUUCAAGACCUGUUGGAUAGUGUUUUGAACCCAGAAAAGCCAGCGGGAGACACCGAGGCCCUAGACUGGUGUAAAUACCUCCUAGCUGGAGGGCAAGGGUUCGAGGAGUUCUGUAAAACAGUCCGGUCCUAUGACAACGCUACUUUGUGUGGUUUGGUGUGGACGGCCAAUUUCGUCGCGUAUCGUUGUCGGACCUGCGGUAUUUCCCCGUGUAUGUCACUUUGUGCCGAAUGCUUUAACAACGGCGACCACACGGGUCAUGAUUUCAACAUGUUCAGGAGCCAGGCUGGCGGGGCCUGCGACUGUGGGGACAGUAAUGUCAUGCGUGAAAGUGGAUUUUGUCGAAGGCAUCAAUUAAAAACUGGAGAGAAUGUACCGUCCAUCCCCCAAGACCUGCUGUUGAUGUCAGAGUUUGUUCUUCCUCAUUUCAUUAUCUGUAUCAUUCAGUACUUACGGGAUGGGUACACUGAACCAGACUCCUCCACAGACAGAGAUCUUCAGAAGGUCCUGCAGCAGCUUGCUCCCCAGAUCUCCUUCCUGGAAGAGUUAACAAAGAUGGGUGGGGCAAUGCGAACUGUCCUGACUAAGAUCUUAACCAAUCAGCAGACAUUUCAAGACUUGAGUAUGGGACAAGAAAAGAAUGUGUAUGCUAAGAAGAACUACGACAAGUAUCUCUCUGCAUUGCGAAGCUCUGGCCUGGUCUCGGCAGAGGAGACAGCUGUGUCUGGGGCAGGGCCUGGGGCAGCAGAGCUUGCUGCAGCAGGGACUGGAGCAGGGGCCCUCAGCUUACUGGGAAUUGCGGCAGCUGCCAGCCCUGAUGAGUCCGCUAAAGAGGAAGAACAGGAUGGGGGCCAAAAUGUUGGAAAGAGAAAAAGGGUGAAGUUAAGCAGCAACACCAAAGAUCCAACCAUAAUGGAUACUCUGAAACAUAAAUGCUUUUUGGAGGAGUUGCUGUUUUGGACCAUAAAGUAUGAGUUUCCACAGAAGAUGGUUACAUUUUUACUGAACAUGUUGCCAGAUCAAGACUAUAAGAUUGCCUUCACCAAAACAUUUGUUCAACAUUAUGCAUUCAUCAUGAAAACGCUGAUGAAAAGCAAUGAAUCAGACACUAUGUCCAACCGCAUAGUACAUAUCAGCGUGCAGCUGUUCAGCAAUGAGGAGCUGGCGCGCCACAUGACAGAGGAGUGCCAACUGCUGGACAUUAUGGUCACAGUCCUCCUCUACAUGAUGGAGAGUUGCCUUAUCAAAAGUGAACUUCAAGAUGAAGAGAAUAGCCGCCAUGUGGUGGUAAACUGUGCAGAGGCUCUACUGAAAAACAACACAUACUGGCCUUUAGUUAGCGAUUUUAUUAAUAUUCUCUCACACCAAAGUGUAGCAAAGAAGUUCUUGGAGGACCACUCCUUGCUCAUGCUGUGGAUGAGCUUUGUGUCCUUCUUCCAAGGUAUGAACUUGAACAAGAGGGAGCUGAAUGAACAUGUGGAGUUCGAGUCCCAGACUUACUAUGCAGCUUUUGCAGCAGAGCUGGAGGCCUGUGCCCAGCCCAUGUGGGGGCUCAUAACCCACUGCAAAGUCAAAGAAACACAGGAGUACACAAAAACGGUAGUGCAGUAUUGUCUGGAGGCUUUGCAACUGUGGUUUGAUUCAAUUGGCUUUGUGGAUGAGCCAACUCCCAAUCAAGUGACAUUUCAUCUGCCUCUCCACCGCUACUAUGCCAUGUUCCUGAGCAAGGCGGUGAAAUGCCAAGGGCUGGACUUGGAUAGUCUCCUUCCGGAUCACGAAAUGCUCAUGAAGAUCAUGGUCCACCCUCUUCAGAUUCAGGCAAGCCUGUCGGAGAUCCACAGCAACAUGUGGGUCAGGAAUGGCCUGCAGAUAAAAGGUCAGGCUAUGACCUAUGUGCAGUCUCACUUCUGCAACUCCAUGAUCGAUCCUGACAUCUUCCUGCUUCAGGUUUGUGCGUCCAGGCUGGAUCCAGACUACUUCAUUUCCUCUGUAUUUGAAAGGUUCAAGGUGGUGGACUUAUUAACCAUGGCAUCUGAGCAUCAAAAUGCAGUGCUGGAUUCUGAACAAGAGAAACCAAUGCUAGAGGGGGCCUUGACUUUUCUUGUUACAUUGUCAAGUCUUCGCAUACAUUUAGGAAUGACUGAUGAUGAAAUUCUCAGGGCAGAGAUGGUUUCCCAGCUGUGUAUGAACGACCGCACCCACAGCUCACUGCUGGAUCUCAUAUCCUUCACUGCCUUUAACAUUAACAUUCCUGAGAACCCGAACCCCAAGAGUGGGAUAAUGCCAGGCAACUGCAGUUUUGAAGACAUGCUGUCGGCUGUUGGAGAUUUCAAGGCCCCUGUAUUUGAACCUGGGGGCUCCAUGCAACAGGGCAUGUACACUCCUAAAGCUGAAGUCUGGGAGAAGGAAUUUGAUCCCAUCAUGGUAAUUCUUAGGACAGUGUACCGGCGGGAUGUCCAGUCAGCGAUGGACAGAUACUCAGCAUUUUUGAAACAGUCUGGGAUCCAUUCAGGAAAUCCAUGGCCACCCUACAAAGAAAGGACCGCUCUGCACCCUUGCUACAGAGGCCUUGUCAAACUACUGCACUGCAAGACAUUGCAUAUUGUUAUCUUCACCCUCCUUUACAAGAUUUCAAUGGACCAUCAGAACAUGUCAGAGCAUGUGCUCUGCAUGGUGCUGUACCUGAUCGAGCUGGGUCUGGACAACCCAAUACAGGAGGAGAGGCAAGACGAGGAACCUUGUAUCGAAGAGCGCUGUCAUGACAGUUGGUUCCCUGGGACCAGCCUACUGUCCAACCUGCAUCACAUCAUCAACUUUGUGAGAGUGAGGGUGCCUGAGACUGCCCCAGAGGUGAAGAAGGAGCCCCCUCCCAGCACCAGUGUUGACUCCUCCAACCUCAGACAGAGUUCCAGACGCCUGACUGGGAAUUGGAGAGAGAAUCUGCGGGAGGCACAGGUGUUCAGCCUCGUUGCAGAGCGCCGGAGGAAGUUUCAGGAGAUCAUCAACCGAAGUAGUGGGGAGGCCAGCCAGGCAACGCGGCCCAAGUCCUCUGCUUCCCGCUGGGCCCCUCCUGGGACACCACUUCAGCUGGUCACUGAGAUUCUGGAAGUGCGGGAGAGCAUGCUGUCCCUGCUCAUUAAGCUGCAUCACAAGCUCUCCAACAAGCAGAACUCUCUCUCGCCAGAAUGGCUGGACAGCACCGACAUCUCUCACUGUGUCCACGGGGAUGGUGUCACUGCCAUUGAGCGCAUCCUCAUCAAGGCCUCUGCCUGCAGCCGCCAGAGCAAGCGCAGCAUUCAGGAGAUCUGCAUGAAGAUUUCCCCACCUGUGCCACCAAAGAAGAGCAAUCCCACAGAUAAGAAGGCCUUGGACAAAGAGGAAAGACGGCAGAAGGCCAGAGAAAGACAGCAGAAGCUAUUAGCUGAAUUUGCCUCCAGGCAAAAGAGUUUUAUGGAAACUGCCAUGGAUGUGGAGUCACCCGACACUGAUAUGGCCAUGGAUCUGGGUGCCUCAGAGGUGCUGGAGUCAGAAGUGCUCUACGACUGUGUGAUAUGUGGCCAGAGCGGACCCUCAACUGAUGAGCGCCCCACAGGCCUUGUUGUUCUGCUCCAGGCUACUUCAGUAUUGGGGCACAGAUGCAAGAAUAACCAGGCCAAGAAGCUGCCAACCAGUGACGAGGACCACAUCUAUCCGGCAGACACAUGUGGGGCAGCCCAUGAUGUCAGGCUUGCCCUCCUACAGCGCUUCUUCAAGGACAGCUCCUGCCUGCAGUCAGUAUCUAUUGGGUGGGAUGGAGGAGUAUAUGUUCAAACCUGUGGCCAUACACUGCACAUAGACUGCCACAAGUCUUACAUGGAGUCUCUGCGGAAUGAUCAGGUGCUCCAGGGUUUCUCAGUGGACAAGGGGGAAUUCACCUGCCCCUUGUGUAGGCAGUUCGCCAACAGUGUGCUGCCCUGUCACCCCGGUCAUGGGACAGAGACUGGCACUUGGCAUGCCCACAGCACCAAGAAUAUGGCAGUACUGGUCAAGGAAGUGGAGGACCUGCAGGACCAGCCGGGGGCCUUUCCAACUGAAUCCAACCUGAGCAAAGAGAUGGAGUCCGUGAUCAAGGACAUAAAAAACACUACCCAAAAGAAGUACAUGGACUAUGGCAAGAACCCAGGCUCACCUGACAAUGACUUUCUCUUCAUGUACUCUGUGGCCAGGACAAACCUGGAGUUGGAGCUGGUGCACCGUGGAGGAGAUCUGUGCUGUGGAGGAGCUAGUGCCACUGCCAAGCGUUCUUGUCUCAAUCAGCUCUUUCAUGUGCUAGCCAUGCACAUGCGUCUGUACAGCAUCGACUCUGCUUACAACCCCUGGACCAGGCUUACGCAGAUCGCCCCAAGCAGAGGCUCAGAGGCCUGCAGUGAUGAGAGGCUGGAGGUUCCCAUGCUGUUCAGAGACGUCUCCUCUCUGCUGAUUAUCUUCGUUCUGACCAUGCCUCAGCCACUACGCAAAGAACACUUCACCUGUUUGGUGAAGGUGCUGUACACCCUACAGUACAUCCAGGCCAUUGCUGUACUCUCAAUCAAGUUGAGCCCGGAGGAGAGAGAGGCCUGGAAAACCUCUAGAGCACUCGACAAGAAUACCUGGAAUGGUGAGAAGACUUGGGAGGCCAUUCUGAGCUUCGUUAUCAGUAAAUUGUCCAAGGGAAGGAGUGUUUAUGAGGCAGAUACUGAGGAGAUGUCAGUGCUGAGCUCCAGUGUCUGGUCCCAACAGUCCAUUGAGUACAACCUACAGCAGUUCUGCCUGCCCUUCCUGCGCCUUUGUAGUCUCCUACAACACCACCUGUAUGGAGACGACCUACCAGGCUGUCCGAGAGAAAAGGAAUUUUCAGUCCUGGCUAGUGGUUUGGGACUAUUGUCAUCAACCCUUGAGCCAUCCAGCAAGUGGAACAGUGCCCAUUGUCUGGAGUGGGUGGUGUGCCCUUUUGAGCUGACCUCUCUGUGGUGUGCUGAGGUCACAGGCUUAACAGAGAUGCAAGCAGAGCAAACACUGGCCCUUCUUGUCCAGGAUCCUCAUUGGGCUGGCCCCCACCUCCUCCAGCUACCUGAAAACUACAAUGCCAUCUUUCAGUACUACCACAGGAAGUCCUGCACAGUUUGCAGCAAAGUUCCCAAGGAUCCAGCCGUUUGUCUCGUCUGUGGAACCUUUGUCUGCCUCAAGGGCCUAUGCUGUAAGCAGCAUAGUUACUGUGAAUGUGUUUUGCACUCCCAGAACUGUGGGGCAGCAACAGGGAUCUUCCUCCUGAUCAACGCCUCUGUCAUCAUCAUUAUCCGAGGCCACCGCUUUUGUUUGUGGGGCUCAGUUUACCUGGAUGCCCAUGGAGAAGAGGACCGAGACCUUCGUCGCGGCAAGCCUCUGUUCCUUUGUGAGGAAAGGUACCGAGUUCUGGAACAGCAGUGGGUGUCCCACACUUUUGACCACAUCAACAAACGCUGGGGGCCCCACUACAAUGGACUGUAACAUAUCGUUCUGCGUACAAAUAGCCUUGCCAGCACGUGUCAGCUCCUAUGGAAUACUUUGGUAACGUGUUGUGCAAAAUAAACAGACACACACCAGAGGGCACGUUGCCAGUGUGGCAUGUGAAAUUUGGUGUACAAUCAUGCCUGAGGACUAACAGUGUAUCCUAUGUCUAUAUAAUCAAGUGUAUAUUUCAAAAGAGAAGAGACAAAGCAUUAGAAACUGUUUCUGAAAGCACAACUCCAACAAUUUGCUUAAAAGGUAUUUUUGAUAAGGAGGACUUUCAUUACACAGUGAAAACAUUGGAUCAGCAGCUAUGAAUUUUUCUGGUGACCAACUUUCUCCAAAUUGUGUUAAUCAGCUGAGUAAAACCUUGAAGAGCAUGGGCAAGAGUAUGUACCAGAAGAUGGUACUAAAAUAAUAAAAAAAUAGGCCCUUUCAUUAAAUAUACUCAUUUUUUGUCUCCAUAUACUGUAAGUUCACAUACAUCGUCCACAGUGGCAAUCUUGUGCCCUUCCCAAAAAAAAUUUCUGUAGAUUUAAGGCUGUACCUGUGAGUUGUCUUUCAGAAGUGUGUUUGUAGGCAGGUAAUGGUAGGCAAUAUAGUUCCCACUCAUGAGUACAGAAUCUAUUGCAAGUCAGCAAAAAACAAAACCACUCUAAGGUCUAGUUGCAGUUCAUCCUCAGGAAUAUUUCAUUUUUUAUUGUAGAUUAAAAUAAAAAGGUUAUUUACAUACAUGCUGCUUUUCAUUGGAAAACAAUAAAUCAAUAUAACAAAAAACAUUUUGUUGAUGGUACUUGGUUAACUGUGAUCAUUUUUGCUUGACAUAGAACAAGUGAUUGCAGUCCUGCUUUUUGUAAAGCUAUGUGGGGGGGCAGUGCACAACCAAACUACUUUCAGACUCAGUCCACCAGCUGGUGUAGAGGGCUAGACUGUGUGUUGAGGUUAUGAACAGACACUGUUCAAGCUGACUGCAUCUCCACACCCAGUCAGUUUUCACCCUCUCUACUCCUGUGGAAUGAGAUGCUUACUUGUUAUUCUAAUGUGUUAAAAUUUUAAUAAAACAAAAAAAUAUAACAAUAAGUCCUAGUGCUCAUGUCUCAUGUUUCUAUUGCUCCUAUGGAUUUUACUAGCCUCAAUCCAAUUUUUCUAGGAAUGCACAACCUCUUUAUCUAUCUAUAAGUAGUUAUCACCACCCGAUCACCAUUGGUUUUUAUUGUAUUUUUUUACAGAAUUUUCCUUUUAAUAUUUUGACCUGGUUGUACUAAUCUUCUUCACUUCACCACCAGAGGAACAUUUAGUGAAAAUUGCCUUUACCUUUAUCCUGAUGAAAUGGCCAGGCUAGCUGUGUUGCCCAUGAGACCUGUUGUAUUUAAUAAAUGUUAUUAAUAAUGCUUUUUAAACACUGAAAACAAAAAAACUGUUGAUUUCAUUUGAUGUGUUUUGUCUUAUGGGUUGUUUUUUUUAGAUGCCAUUAUUUUAGGAGUUUUUAUUGACUGUGUUGAAAUCCGUGUAUGGAUAGCUUUACAGCAAAUUAAGAGCAUAAUCUAAGCACAUACAGUUGAGGCCAAAAGUUUACAUACACCAGGCUAAAGACAUUCAAACUCAUUUUUUCACAACUCCACACAUUACAUGUUACCAUACAUUUCCUGUGUUAAGUCAAUUAGGGUAUCUACUUUAUUUCCAUAAGAGGUCAUUUCAAAAUAAUGGCUAAGAGAUUUAUUUCAGCUUUUAUGUACUAUAUCAGAUUUUCAGUGGGUCAAAAGUUACAUACAUACGCUUUGUUAAUAUUUGGUGCAUUGACUUUUAAUUGCUUAGCUUGAAUCAAACGCUUGGGGUAACCUUCCACAUGCUUCUCACAUCUGGAAUUUUUGCCCAUUCCUUCUGACAGAACUGGUGUAACUCAGUCAGUGGAUGUAAACUUUUGACCCACUGGAAUUAUGAUAUAGUGAAUUAAAGCUGAAAUAAAUUGUCUCUAAUUGAUUGUUUUCAAAUUACCUCUGAUGUGAACAAAGUAGAUGCCCUAAUUGACUUGCCAAAAGAAAUGUAAGGUAACAUGAAAAUUGCGGAGUAGUGAAAAAUUGCAUUUGAAUAUAUUUAGCCUAGGUGUACGUAAACUUUUGGCCUGAACUGUAGACUACUGUUCAAUAGUUUGGAAUCACUGAAAUGUCUGAAGUUUCUGAAAGAAAUUGAUACUUUCAUUCACCAUGGUAGCAUUAAAUUGAUCAAAAAAUAAAGCCAAGACAUUGAAAAUGUUACAAAUUGCUAUUACUGUUUGAAAUAACUAAUAAAAUAAAAUUUUCAGUCAUCAGUCAAUUGUUGUUGAGAGAUGAAGACUAUUCCAAGUGUCAGAUUGCCAAUAAACUUCAUACAAUGGUGUGCACUACUGUCUUGAAAGAAGGGAUAAAACUGGAUCAAACCAGAGCAGAAAGAAGUGGAAAGCCCAGAUGCAUGACUGUGCAAGAGGACAAGUACAUCAGAGUCUCUGGUUUGAGAAACAGACACCUCACAAGUCCUCAGCUGGCAGCUUCAUUGAAUAGUACUCACCAAACAUCAGUUUCAUCUGCAACAGUGAAGUGGCAACUCAGGGAUGCCAUCCAUAAAACUCUUUUCCAAUCAUCAACCGUCCAAAUCCUUGUGUUGUUUUGCUAAUUUUAGCGUUGUUUUUUCCAGUUUCAGAAGUGGCCAGCAUCCUGAAGCAAUCUCUUCACUAUUGCAGAUGAAAGUGAUGUUUGCCGAGUACUAUUCAAUUAAGCUGCCAGUUGAGGACCUGUGAGGUGUCUCUAGACAGAGAGUCUGAUGUACUUAUGGCAUAGUUGUGCAUCUGGGCCUUCCACUUCUCUUUCUGUCCUGGUGAGAUCCAUUUUGGUCUCUUCUAUCAAGACAGUAGUGCAUCUUUGUAUGAAAUCUUGAGUUUCUUGGCAAUCCGACGCUUGGAAUAGCCUUCAUCUCUCAAAACAACAAUUGGCCAACAAAUUCCUCGAGAAAGUUGUUUGUUUUUGGACUUUAGAAAUGUCAGUGUACUAUGUAAUGGGAGUGCUUUCUCUAGUACCAAAUUAGCACAUUAGCAUAAAUACUCAAGGAUGAGGUAUCACAGUGUGCUGUCAGUAUACUGGAGUAAUGAUGAAAAUGGGGCUUUGCAAUCAUAUAUAAAGAUUGAAUUUAAAAACAGUUAUUUCAAACAAUAAUAAAAGUAUCAAUUUCCUUCAAAAACA